AUGGUAGCUUAUGGCAGUAAGAUAAGGAUAGGAGACAUGCAGCGUGUCUACCACAGCAGCCUCGCACCUGUCUGGCCAGACGUCGCCAUUCAAUCAAGAAACACCUUCCAGCUGAACCCAGACUUGGCCCAGAAUCCAACUCAGUGCUUGGAGAGCAGUGCAGUGGAGCAUGGGGGCUGUGGCUCUGGCACCAUCUGGAAGCCGUGCACAGGCUCCACUCUGCUCUCCGUGCCUAAAUUCACAGACAAACAUGAUUGGAUAACAACAGAAAAUGGUAUUGGACCAGUGGGAAUCAGCAACUUUGCACAGGAAGCUUUGGGAGAUGUUGUUUACUGUAGUCUGCCUGAAGUUGGGACAAAAUUGAACAAACAAGAUGAGUUUGGUGCUUUGGAAAGUGUAAAAGCUGUUAGUGAACUCUAUCCUCCUUUGUCAGAAGUAACUGAAAUUAAUGAAGCUCUUGCAGAAAAUCCAGGACUUGUCAACAAAUCUUGUUAUGAAAAUGGUUGGCUGAUCAAGAUAACACUCAAUAAUCCUUCAGAACUGGGUGAAUUAAUGAGUGAAAAAGCAUAUGAAAAAUACAUAAAAUCUAUUAGGAGUGAAAAUGGAACCCCUAAAUAA